GACCACAGAAAGAACAAUACAGAACAACUUGUUGGUAACAUUUUCAGUUUACUACUUUCCUACUCGUAAACUUGAAAUAACCGAGUUAGCCUGAGAAUAACUGUAAGAAAGCGCUUGCUGUGGUUACACUCGGCCCGCUUUUCACGGAUUUCGGGCGCUCUACAGGCCUGCCCUUUGUGAUUGACUUCUGGGCGCCUUUGUUGCGAAAUGGGGCACAAAGGCAGGGCUUCUCGCUGCCCGCCUGCAGUGCCCUGCCCGUCGUUCACGGUAGCGCCAUGGCCCGGCCCCUGCGCGGCUAGCCGUGUUGGUCUCGGGGCACUAGCGCCGCGUCUGCAGUGGCAACCGCUCCAGACAAGGCAGCAAGUCAUUUGUAGAAAGUCCGGGAAUCGAAAGGCCGUUGCGCCUCCCCCUCGAUCCCCGGUUCGCGGCGCCGCGAACCGGGAAUCGAGUGGUCGGUUGGAGGGUAAACGGUGCGUUUGGGUGCCAAACGACCUUUCGAUCCUCGGUUCGCGGCGCCGCGAACCGGGGAUCGAGGGGGGAGGCGCAACGGCCUCUUGAUCCUCGAAAUUUCCAGUCGUAGAAGUGCGGCAUCUUGUGGUCGGUUAUUUCUACAAUCUUGUGCCCCAUGCUUCAACGGGGUCAGCACUAUGGAUCCGCUGCGGGCUGCGCUAUGCGCUUGCGACUCGCGAGUCGAGCUCUGCGCGCGGGCUGGGGGACGGUUCUUCGCCCCUCCUGCGGGGCUUUGUGCGCGAUCGAUAGAGCACAGGAGGCAGGCGCGCAAAAUGCUUCAAGCUGGUGACGCUCCGCGGAAGAGGUGCGCAGGCGCGAGUGACUUCUCGCGCAGUUAUUAUUUGCUCGACUCGGUUAUUUUAGUUUUUCGAGUAUAUGUUACAAUCUAUUUUUGAAGAUAAGGAUAACCAAUCUGAUGAAUCGUGUCUACUG